AUGUUCUCCAAGAUCGAAGCCAUCACCCUGGACGCGGAGUUUCGAGCGCGUAUGAGCGAUCCUCUCGGCACGACAACGCUGGAGCUGAAUUUGCUGGAGGAUCCGACGGCCGGCCUCGCCACGGGCCCGGCGGAGGAGUUGACCCCGACCGAGCUGGAGACGCGAGUGCGGGUUCUCGUCUCUGGGUACACACCCUCCCUCUACCGACUCCUGUACACGCCUUUCGUGGAUGUGGUGGCACUGUUGGUGAAAGAGGGGCUGACUCCGACGGCAGACGCAGAGAUUCUGCAGAGCAGCAGCCCAAGCGGCAGCAACAGCGGCAGUGUAGCCACCACCGGUGGAGGUGUGGGCACUGGAACCGUGUCUAUCAACGUCCGACCGGUGCGACCGGAGGAGAUCAUGGCGCGCUGGUUUACGGACGGACCUGCCACGCUCAAGCUGCCUCACGCCACCGCGGAGGCGAUGGGCAAGCGACGAUGGAACGCAUUUUGCCGCGCACUGGAGGCACACUGGUCCGCUUUUGAGGACGUGAUGCCGCUCACGCGCGUUGUACAGCGCCACAAUCUGCGCGAAGAGCUCUACAUCCCGCUGUUUCGGCAGCUCGCGAUGGAGCUCGUUGACCCGACGAAGCGCGCCUCUGCUGUGGCAACGCUGCCCGGGAUUAUCUUGAGCCUUGCCAACGGUCGCGCGCCGCGGUCGGUGGGGCUGCCCGAGAGUGACACAGAGCGCGUGAGGCUUGUGUCGAACCUGUUUCUCGGGGUGGCGCAGGAGACGGGAAACACGGAUCUCGCCUACCUCUCUGUGCAGCUGCUGCGCGCCAACGAUCUGCCCACACCUUUCUCAGCUCAGAAGCAGAUCACCAACGUGUUUGCGGCCGCCUCCCGCAUUCAAACGGAUUGGCAGAUGCGAGCGACAAGUCUGUUGAUCGAGUCGUACCCCAAGUGGCUCGAGUACUAUAAGCGUGUGCAGCUUGACAACAAGAUGGCGCUGGAGGCCCUGUCGUGUGGAGCGGUGCCAACUACCAGCAACGAGAGCGCCGGGGCGGGAGAGGGCGACGUGACGACUGCCGCGUCACGUGCGCCGAGGAAAGCGUCCUGCGCCCUCGACAAACACCACGGCAAGCGAUCCAAGGGCCGCACUGCGGACUCUGGCAUGAAUGGCGAGGCAGCCGAUAGCUCCCUGGAAGGCACGGAAGAGCGGUCGACAGAGCAGUACCGGUAUUUUACCAGUCGCCAGCAGGACGACGUCACCCGCGUCACGGCACUCGAGGAGAACAUUGAAGCCGCGCUGCGCAGUCGAGCCUCGGAGCUGCGCGAAGUUCCCGUAAAUCGCCGUCGCAAGAAGAGCAAGGAGGAGGCUGCGUCGGCAGCAGCCAGCAGCUUGGUCUCCGAGGACUCAUCGGCGAUGCCUGCUUCACCAUCUGAGCCUUCUCUUAGUCCUUCAAGGUCCUCUCAAGACGCCGAUCGUGCCGAUCGCAGCAGCGAAGGCGUCGGCGGCGACGCAGGGGUGCAGAGUCUGAGCAUGGAGGGCGGAGCUCAUCCUAAGGACGAGGCUGCAUCAUCAAACCCAAAGGGCGUUUCUUCUAGUAAAACGGAGCUGCCCACCGACUCCGCUGAUUCCCUCGCGCCCCGACGUCGCGGCAAACUUGCGGCAUUCAAGUCCGAAGGGGCCUCCCACGACGGCGGCCGUGGUGCCGCGGUCAAGGUGGACGAGAUUUUCGACCUGUAG